UUCUCGUCUGCUCUCCACUUUCGUUUUGCUGUCUGGUCUUGUUAUUGUCUGUGGUCUUUCUUAUUUUUUGCGCUUGUAGAUUCUGCAUAUUAUCUCUAAAGAGUGUAAUAUUUUCUUAAUAGAGAUAAAACAGCAGCAACCAUCGUCUGUCAAAUAGAGCUAUAAUAGUUUUAUGUUAUAAGAGAAUAACUACAAUUACGAUACUGAAGUUUUCUGAAGUUAGUGAUAGUAGCUAGCUAACGUUAUCGUUCUGGCUGUGUGUGGACUGCCAAUGGCGUGUGUAGAGACAUCAGAUUACAGAGUAGGAGAGGUCCUGCUGAAUAGAGUGAUGCAGGAGCAGCUGGAUGAGGUGUCAUCAGACAUCCCGGUAGUGGUCUCCACAGAAACCCAGGAGGUGGAGAGUGAUCAGGAGCAGAAGAUUGUGUCACAGCUAGCUAUGAUGAUACGGACCAUCGGAGACGCCGUCAAGAAGGACGGGAAGCUGGACGAUGCGAUAGAUGGAAUGGUGGGGAAAAUGACCAGCAAGACCAGCUACUGGAAGUUGGUAGAAAAGGUAUUUGAGGACAGUCAAAUCACCUGGGAGAGAAUUGCUGUGCUGUUUUACGUAGCAGGGAGGAUAGCUGUCAAGGUGGUGAUUGCUCACAUCCCCCAGUUAGUGAAGGACAUUCUGAAGUGGACUCUGGAGUACUUCAGAAACAAAUUACUGGAUUGGAUCCAGAAACAUGGAGGAUGGAUGAACAGUUUUGCUGAGCUGGCACGUGUGCAGGUGGAGAAGAUGUCCUCUAUGAACACCUGGUCCUCAGGGUUCAUCCUGGUCUUCCUCGGAGGUGUCAUACUGGGUAGUGUUAUCACCUGGAAACUGGCCAGGAGGACCUGACACACACACACACACACAGUUCCACUCCGGUUCAAACGCAAUUGUGUGAGGACACGCAAACGUGUGGGCGUGCCACACACACACACACACACACACACACACACACACACACACACACACACACACACAAAUACAUUUGUUUAUCUAGUCUAUGUAUUAUUAGUUACCUACCUUCUGGUUUGCUCAGGAUAAAUAAGAUGACCAGAUGCUGCUGAAAGUGGUGUUGGAGAGCCAGUAGGAGACAAUCUUUCCUGUGGUCAAAAAAAAAAAAAGAGAUCCCAGUGCAAAGAUUGGGGGCAUUCCCCCUUGUAGGGUGCUGUCUUUUGGAUUGGACAUUAAAACGUGUCCUGACUCUCUGUGGUCAGUAAAGAUCCCAUGGCACUUAUUGUAAGAGUAGGGGUAUUAACCCUGGUGUCCUGGUUAAAUUCCCAAUCUGGCCCUCAUACCAUCACGGUCACCUAAUCAUCCCCUGUAACUAUUCCCCAGGUGGUUGCUGUAAAUGAGAAUGUGUUCUCAGUCAAACCUACCUGGUAAAAUAAGGCUUAAAUCGAAUAAAACUCAUUUUUCCACAUUCUGUAGUGUUACAAAGUGGGAUUAAAAGGGAUUUAAUACAUUUAUUUUUGUCAAUGAUCUACACAAAAUACUCUAUACAUCUCUGCACUUAGCAAAAAAGUGUCAUCUGCACUGCUAUUUUAGUCAUCAGUUAAUCUGACUUUUCUCUCAUUGAUUUAAUUGACUUAUUUCAGUAAUUUGAGGGUUUUCGGUAUAGUUGUCUAAUGUUGGUGUAGGAAAUGAUUCUGUUUUAAACACUUAUUAUUGCACACACAAUGAGUCCAUGCAACUAUUAUGGGACAUUUUUACCCCUGAACUUAUUUAGGCUUGCCAUAACAAAGGGGUUAAAUACUUAUUGACUCGAGACAUUCCAGCUUUUCAUUUUUUAAUAAUUAGUUUAAAAAAAUCUAAAAACAUAAUUCCACUUUGAAAUUAUGGGGUAUUGUGUGUGUAUCCGUGACCCAAAAUCUCAAUGUAAUCCAUUUUAAAUUCAGGCUGUAACACAAAGGGGUGUGAAUACGUUCUGAAGGCACUGUAUAUAUUGACCUACAGUAAAGAACCCAAAGUGUUGGGGCAGAGCUCAGUACAUUUUGUCUCACUACCCUUACGGGGAAAAAAAUACAUGAAUUUCACAUGAUCACGUGUUUAACAUGUGAUCUUAUGGGAAGUUAAUGUGAUAACAUGUUAAAGCAACACGUGAUAAUAUGAAAUUGCAAAAUAUCAACAUGUGAUACUAUGAAACUACACCUCACAACAUUUGAAAGUCUUUCACGUGUGAAACUGCAAUUCACAUGUGAGGUGAAAACAUGAUAUUCUCACAUAUGAAAGGGUGGUGUGAACUCUGUUGAACAAAUGGUUUCACAUGUGAAGAACUGAGCUCGCAUGUGUCUCUUUUUGUUUUGAAAUGUGAACAUUUCAGCUCAACAUGUGAACAGUUAUUUCACGUGUAAAUAUGAUUUCAAAUGUGAAAAUGUGAUUUUCACAUGUGAAACUGCAACAACAACAAAAAUGUAUAUCACAUGAAGUGUUCCAAAACCACAUGGUUUCAAAUGAUUUCCCAUGUGAAAUUUCACAUGUGAAAUAAAAUGUUAUAUGUGCAAAAUGUGGAAAUUUCACAUGUGAAAUCAUGUGGUUUUUCCCAUAAGGGUAUAUCAUCAUGUUUGUUGGUAUUCUGCUAGACUAGGGUAUCUGUGCCUGAAAUGAGAAACCAGUGUAAGUCUAACAGACAGCCAAGCAUCAUGUUAUGUGGUUGGUUUUAACAGAAUUGCCAUAUUAUUUUUCAAUACAAUAUUAUACAGAAAUAACACAUGAAUACCGAUUGAAUCUUUUUUAAGUUUAUGAAAAUGUAGGAAACAUGUAUUUUGAUAAUGAAUAAAACGUCUGGGACGUUUGACUUGAAUGUAAUGUAUUAAAUGUGACAUUUUAUUAGGAUAAACAAAAUAAAUAUGAGUUAACGAUGA